UUUACUGAAAGAACAAAAGAAGAUUAAUCCUUGCAGUCACGAAAGCUGUAAAUCGAAGGUUCCCUAUCUGUUAACAAUGCCCCAUGUUAUGAGAUAGGGAACCGGUUCCGAUAGGAAGUCUAGGGGCCAUGUUAAGAGAUAGGGAGAGGGUUCCCUAUCUGUUAAGAAUGCCCGAUAGGAAGUCGAGGGGCCAUGUUAAGAGAUAUGGAGAGGGUUCCCUAUCUGUUAAGAAUGCCUCAUGUUAUGAGAUAGGGAACCGGUUCCAUACCUGUUAACAUGGGGCCAUGUUCAGAGAUGGGGAACCGGUUCCCAUAGGAAGUCUAUAGGUAAUGUUAAGAGAUAGGGAACCGGUUCCCGUAGGAAGUCUAUGGGCAAUGUUAAGAGAUAGGGAACCGGUUCCCACAUGUCAUUAAUAUUAACGACCUCAUGAAUAUUCAUGAGUCGUCGUCUUCCUCACCACCGACAUCGCCACUUGCGGCCUGCAAUGGCGGGCGAGCUGCCUGAUCCGCUGUCAUUCUUCGUCUUGGCCGCCUCCUCCAACGACAGCGACGGGAGCAGCAGCGACGAGGAGGAGGAGGGUGGAAGAGGUGGACGAGGAGGAGGUGCAGGAGGAGGUGGAGGCGGUGGCGGUGGAGCGAAACGGCUCUGCACGGAGCAGAGGGGAAGUGGUGGUGAUGGUGGUGGAGGCCGCCUCCCGUCACCCGCUCUGCUGUUGAGCCGCGUGCUGGAGCCGAGUUUCUUGCAGAACCCCUACAGGGGACACAUCGACUGGGAGCGGCGGGCCGUCAAAGGGCCUGAGGAGCCCCCCCGAGAGUUCAAGCCAUGGCUCUCCACCGCCGCCCGUGCUCCGGCGGCGACUGCGGCUUCCCCCGCCGUGGCCUCGGGAGCGGCGGUGCCGGGGGCAGUGAAGCGGGCGGCCCCCACUGGGCCCGACCUGGCCGUGCGCUGGUCCCAGAUGUACCGCGACGACGAGGAAGAGAAGGCCAAGGAGGCCGCCUCCUGCACCCGCACGGAUGGAUACGAUGAUGUCGUGGUGAGGGGAGACGCCGAUGGUGAUCACAUUGAGGCUUCUACCGCCUUCUCCACCUCUUCACAUCGAACGCCGGCUCCACCUCCUCCUGGGUUCCUCACCACCUCGUCUUCAUCGCUGCCGUCGUCCCGGCCUGCCGAGAGUUUCCAGGAGAGGGAGCGGAAGAAGCGAGAGCGGGGACAGGCCAACCGCGAUGCCAGCUUCGUGGAGGAGGAGAAGCGGAUCCUGCGGCACACUCACACAGAGUAGACUUACACACACUAGACUCACACACACUAGACACACACUCACACACACUAGACUCACACUCACUAGACUCACAACACAUACACGCACAAAAACUACACUCACCACGCAGGGACCCAUAAACUCACGACAAUCUGUGCACAAGAGCCUUGUAGAUCUUCAGAUUUCCCCUCCCCCUCUUGGGUAUCAAUAAAGAUUUUGACAGACGUUGAUUCUGA